GAAGCGGGGGCGCGGGGAUUGGCUGCACCGCCCGGGGGCGCGGGCCGGCCGCGGGAGGGAGGGGCCCAGCUGCGCCCGAUUCUGGCGUCCGCCCCGCCCCGUCCUCCGCCGCCGCAGGCGCCCCGGCCGGGCGCAGUGAAAAGGCGGCCCGGGUCCUGCGCCCUCCACACGCCCUCGCCCAGCGACCCGCGUCUCGCGUCCCAGACCAUGAGCGGCCUGAAGCCGGACGGCGAGCCCGGCGCGGUCACCGGCAGCGGCGCGAGCCCGGACGGCAGUGGCCCCGAGGACGAGGUGCGGACGCUGUUUGUCAGUGGGCUCCCCAUGGACAUCAAACCCAGAGAGCUCUACCUGCUCUUCCGGCCGUUCAAGGGAUACGAAGGGUCCCUCAUCAAGCUCACCUCAAGACAGCCUGUUGGUUUUGUGAUCUUUGACAGCCGGGCAGGUGCAGAAGUGGCCAAGAACGCACUGAACGGCAUUCGAUUUGAUCCCGAGAACCCACAGACUCUGAGGCUAGAAUUUGCAAAAGCCAACACCAAGAUGGCCAAGAGCAAGCUGCUGGCGACGCCAAACCCCAGCAGCAUUCACCCAGCCCUGGGAGCGCAUUUCAUCACGAGAGACCCCUAUGACAUGAUGGGUGCUGCUCUGAUCCCUGCGUCCCCAGAGGCCUGGACCCCUUACCCUCUGUACAGCACGGAGCUGAUGCCUGCCAUCUCUCACACAGCCUUCAGCUACUCGGCUGCCACUGCGGCUGCCACCCUGCAUGCUCAGAUGCGCUGGUUCCCAUCCUCCGACACCCAGCAGGGGUGGAAAUACCACCAGCUCUGCUAGCGCUGCCACACUGCCCCACAGGAAAGCGAGGUGUUUAGUUUUUUGUAUGUUUUCUGGCACGAAUGGAGACACUCAGCUGCAUGUCUGUGUGAGUGUACUUUGUGUUCACACUGUCGCCGAGCACUGGCCCUGGCACCUGGACCACCCCUACCCAUCCCCAUCUGCUUCUGGGGGCCCAGGGCACCCGCACGUCAGGCUGCACAGCCCCCACCAGCCCUGACCAGCGUUGCUUUUCACUGCAUCCCCAAGUCAUCCUGGGGACAACCUCUGCCGUGACAGCCACCUCACCGCGGUCACCUCGCCAUGGCCUGCUGCCCCACCCCACCGCUCUUCACUCUUUCUUCCAAACCUCGAAACCAAAACAUGGAAAGUAUUUUUGUACCCUGUGUAGGAGAAUAUUUAUGCCUCGUAAAGGACUUUUCAUGUGUGUAUCAUUGAAUUAUUAAGCAGACCUCGUUUGCCCCAUCAAAUCUGUUUAACACUCAGCUGGAGGCGGCGGCUGUGAGCCUCAUGUCAGGCGCAGUGUAAGAAAAUGAAGGAAAAGUUGUGCAAUUUUAUUUUGUGUUAUAAGCGUUCCGUGCUUUACCUUUUAUUGUGACCGCCACCCUCUUGCCGUUUGGAAUUGGGGGAUGAGGUGGCUGUACUUGCUGAUCCUGUGAGAAUGUGAAAUAAAAACUCCAAAGCGA